UUGCGUGAGGAAUGCCCUAUCAUCGGCCAAAUUUGUGGAGGUCAGCCGUGGCUUUGGGACAAACUCUUCACAACUCAACAGCAGAGGAUUCAAGUCGACUGCUUCGUGGGCUCCGGUAGCCAAAGCGUCCGGUGCCGGCUUUCAGCCAAUAUUCGCUCAAUAGAUAAUACGGCGUUUCGAAGUGUGUCGAGGGUGUCGACUCAUUCGAGAGGCGUUGCUGGUCGGGCCGGAAUGUCGAGCCGUAAAGAGAGGCAAACUUUCAAACUGCCACCCAAAGGCGAUAUUGUUGAGCAGUCGAAAAUCGAAUCGAAAGCUCGCGUCCGCAUUGGAAGGGCCUGUGAUCGCUGCAAGAUCAAAAAGUCCAAGUGUGAUGGCAGCACGCCUUGUUCUGCUUGCAUCGCAAGCGACAGUGUCUGUGAGUAUAGCGCGCGGAGGCGAAGAGAGGCGAGAGACUGGUAUUGGAGGAUGCACGAUGUGAUGGAUGAAGCCUUGCAAAAACUUUAUUGGGCGUGCAGGGAAGGCCAUGGUUUUCCUGGUAUCGUUCCAGACGAGGGUAGCGGACCUGUUUCGACGGAUGCGAUUCUUCGAGGUCUCGGACUUAGUCCUCCGGCUCUGGAGCGGGCAGGACCUCACACGACUCAGUCAGAGUCGGCUGUGGAUGGGGGGCACCCGUUCUCCCAACGAUCAUAUCUCCCACCAGACAUACAACCAAAAAUAAAACCUCGUUCGUCCGUACCCUCGACCAACCACACACCGCUGUCGAUGCCUCCAGAUGGACUGAUGGCGGACGAUGUGGAUGGUGUGGACGGAGUCGAUGGUAUGGACGAAGUGGACGGUAUGGACGGUGUAGACGGUGUGGACGGCGUCGACGGGGUUGAUGGCGUGUCGGAAUCUGAGGAGGGCGACACGAAGCGCUCGACCAUGUCGAGGGAACCCCAAUCGGACGGCGUACCUGCUGAUCACACUGAGUCCUUUCCAGAGCCCCUCGACCAUUCUGUCGACCAUUUGAUGCUUCGAGAUGAAGAUGUAGGCAUGAUGGACCUGCAUUCUCCCAUAUACCCCCUUCAAAAGGAUGGCAUGGGGUAUCCGUCCACUGUGCAGAUGGACGGUAAUGGUAGACAAGGGUCGACACAUUCAGUACAUUCCAGGCAAGGGCCAUCAAGGCGAGAGAGUAUGCAGAGCAACGUCUUCGACGCGAGUGGUCAAGCAGGCUGGAGUGGCCAGACACGGGACGUGGACGGAAUGACACUGCCAUGGCCUGGAACUCUAGCCGCAGUAUACCGUGGGAUGAACUCUCCAGUUGGCGGAAGCGUCUUCAACGCACCGAACCGACAAGGACAGAGCAGCCAUAAUGCGCGCAGAAACUGAUCAUUGCGCGUGCGCCAACAGAGCGUGUGAGUAUGGUCUCGGGACCGAACGAAGUGAGCUGUUGCAGAGGAGGGCUAGUGACUG